AAAUAUAAUAUGCAAGUACAGAAUCAUAAAUUGCAUAUUAAUCCUAUUAAGAGAUGAAGAGAUAAAACCCCUCUAUCCCUGCUACAGAGGGAGUUCCGACUGUAACAUGAACAAUAGGUUAUCAUUAACGCGCUCGUUCUAACACAUUAUUGUUUCUAUAGUAACAGGUCAUACCCAGGAUGGACGCUCCAAAUAAUCCCAAACUAAUAAUAAACCAGUGUGUGUGUGUGUGUGUGUGUGUGUGUGUGUGUGUGUGUGUGUGUGAGGGAGAGAGAAAGAGAGAGAGAGAGAGAGAGAUGGUGAGGGGGUGACUGGUUACCGCAGCUAUAAUCAGUAAACAAACUGCCAACCAAAAUGGCCAUUCCUCCGCCGCAGGAGUCUGUUUCUCAGGGAAACGGAGUGCACAGCGACACGUAAACACAGCAGAACCAGCGCUGGAUGCAAACUCACAGCACCAGACUCCUGUUGUCUCUUCCCAGGCAUAGUUUUCCACUGGCAUCCAUCAUACACAGCAGCUGAAAUGGCACCCCCUUGGGAGUUGGUGCCCUACGCAAACUGCAUCACCCGUGUAUGGGGAGCGGCGGAUUCCACUUGUUGUUAAGAAAAUGGACACGAAAGUAGGGAGUAAUCCAAAUUGUUCAUCAGAUUAAAAAUUUUGCCUGUUGCAGCCAUGUCUGCACCUAAAAAAGAUAUUCACAGAGACACACUGACAGCUCCCAGGAGAAACAGCCAUGACAGAUCAUCCGUCCAUAAUCCAGGAUCUGUUCCUACUUUACCUCUCCUAACAUCACGUUCUCCAACAUUUAUGGGUGAACCCCCGACUGAUUGCCCUCUCAGCAGGCCUCAGAUAUCACAGCUGCCUAACAUAUCUGUUGUUGAGCUUCCUCAGUUGGUAGCAUCAGUGGGUCCAGAGGUGGCAAUGACAGAUUCUGUAUGGACGGAGGGACCCGGUCUGAUAUCAUCUGCUCUCACUGCUGAUAUUCCCCUCAGAGUAAUUAAACACCCUCAGAAAAUAAAGACAGACUCUCUAGGUGAGGGUAUCUCCAAACAAGGCUCCACAGAGGGAACAGAGAUUGGGAAAGAGAGUAAGACCAAGUGCAGUCCUCUUACCGGCAUUGAGGUGUUUGAGAUCUUUGCACAAAAAAAACACCUGGGGGGGUUACAGUUUUACCAUUUGAAGGGUUCUGAAGAUGGACCAUAUAGACCCUAUGAUCUGCAUGUGGUCCCUUGCAGCAAAUCAGGCUCAGAUCACUACAUCUUCUCGCCCACCUCAGUGAUUCAUGUGAAGAAUGGCUGUAGUGUUGGGCUCUUGAAUCUAGCAGAGUGGUAUCGUGAAGCCAUACUAUGGAAAGCACUGAGAGAUAUCCCGUUUUUCAGAGACUAUCUAUUACAUAAGGCUUUCACCAGAUGGCACAGAAAUGUGUGUCAUGUCUCAUUUCAACGCAAGUGUAAGAACCUUCAGUCUAAGUUACUGAUAGAUGUUCCCCAGUUUAGGGAAGCUUUAUUUAAUUUGACCAGACUAAUUGAAAUGCUUAAAAAAAUGCACUGGCUACCACAGGAUGAGUCACACACAUACACUCUUACAGAAUUUCAGAACACACUGUUGAAAAGCAAUCAACAAUCCCGAAGCUUCAUUGAGAAAUUCUUACAUCACCGCUCUCUGAUACUGACUACGGUACAGGAGACCUGCUACAAAACAUACCAGGAAUUACAACAAGUGAAAGAAUUUCAACUGAGCCAAUGCAGCAAGCCAUUGCAUCUUCAGCAGGACUUGAUUAGAAGCCUUCACAAAAAGCUGAACCAAACUGGUCAAGCCAUUCAAAGGCUGGGAAACUUUACAGCUCUUAUGGACUGCAUAAUUGUACAAAACCUUGUUUCUGUCACUCAGUGUGAGCUCAUGAUCUACCUCAAUAAAGUUUUGAAGCAGGAACAGAAAAAUCAGGGCAGUCUUUUCCAGGCAGAGCUGACAUUUGGAGUAGGUGGUCAGCUUGAGCUGUCUCCAUCGAUGCACCUGUUUCAGGAACUGCUGCAUAGAGCACUGUUGUCUGUGGUUGACUCUACUCUACAGCUUGUUGAUGCCUGCAAUAAUCUGCCAGAUUCUAAAGCUCCUUUGACAGCGAGUUUCUCUUUUGUCGGUGGUUUUCAACAGCCUGCUCCAAACCCUGGCAUUACAAAUAAUACAAGUGUUCGUGUCAGAAGAGCAUAUGAACAGAGUGGAUCUGCACUCACAUGUACUGGCAGUUUUCCCUAUAAGGAGGAGACUUGUGUUCACACAAAGAUGGUGCUUCCCAAACUCAGUUCUUUUAGUCUUCAGGGUCAGAGACUGCAAGGACAGGUCUAUCCUCUGUCCAGAAACCAGUUGGAAUGGCACCUGCACCACCAUGCUGGGGCACAGGAGAUUGAAAAACAGCAAGCCAGUAUUAUACAGGAAGCCCUCCAAGAGAUCCAGCAACAUUGUGAAAGGCAUUCCUGGUUGGUAGACGCUUAUUUGUGUGCCAGUCAGUGGAGCCCAGCUUCACUGGAGAGUAUGCGAGGAUGGCCUGCCACAAAAUAUAAGGAACACAUACAGAUGAUACAAUUAUGGAUCAAUCAAGUGCACAAUGUGCCUACUGCUUUUACCACAUCCAAUAAACUCAUCACUAUUAACUGUUCACAUAUCCAAGAGAUGCUAGAACCCUUACUGAACACCAUGAAGAAGGAUGUUUUAAAUUUGCUGUCUGAGGAAUUGCAGUUAUGUGCUGAAAACUUGAUAAAUGAUCUGAAGAAAUUUAUGGAAUGCCUUCAGCUUGAACCCACUGACCUGAAUGAGUUUGCAAAUUAUGCUAGCAGGGUAAAAUGCUACAAGGAAACUGAUAUUCACCAAAAGCUAGAAAACCUGUGCUCCCUUCAAAAAACUAUUCAACUGAAUUUUGGAAACAUAACUCCUGAGUUAGUUUCAUUGAUUGAGGAGACAUUUGCCCUGUGGAAUCAGUUUGUUCCUCUGCUGAGGACAGCGACAGAAAGAGUCAUGCAGCAAUUGCCGUCCAUGAUUAACACUCUGGACAACGAAUUUUCCUCUCUGACUAAACAACUAGAAGAUCUGGUCUGCAGUGCCACCACUGGAUCUUUUCUGGACCUAAAUCAGAAUUCUAGCCAAAUUAUUCCUAAACUCAGGAUAAAGUCUGAACAGCUACAUUUGAUAGUUGCACAACUGAAUGAGCUGAAUGGGACCAACCAAAGCCUGAGAGGGCAGCCCUUAGAUCUCUCAUUUGUGAUGACAGCCAAGCAGAAUAUGGAAGCACGGAAGGAGCUCUGGGAACUAAUGGAUGUGUCCACUGCACAGAUUCAGGAAUGGAGGCUCGUUCUGUUUAGCAAGUUUGUAGUAUCCGAAGCCCAGAAUAUGGUAAAUGAAUGGCUUCAGCGAGCAAAUUCAAUAGCAAAGGUCAUCCCCUCUUCUGAUGAAGUACUUCGGGAAACUUUAUAUGUAUUUGAGAGGUUCAGCCAGCAGCUCUCACUAUUAGCCAAACUAAGCAGCCCUACAAUGAAGCACAAACACUGGGCAAACAUAUUUAAAGACACGGACCUGCUAGUUUCCCGAGGACAGAACCUAACUGUAGGUGAUCUUAUGUCCAGAGAUCUGUGGGAGCAUCAAAAUAUAAUUAGCAAGAUCUGCAGCAAAGCUAACGCUGAAGCAGACAUGGAGCAAGCAUUCCAGAGGAUUCAACAGAGCUGGGAAGGGACAGAAUUCAGACUUACAAAGUUCAUUUUUUGUCAGAAGAAGAAUCCACAGUGUGGGGUAACACAACAGAUAAAACCUUCUGCUGACUUUGAGUCGACCCAAAAUGUUUCACGACAGAAUUCCUGUGGCAGUGGAACUUUUACCAUAAUGGACCUAGAAACUCUGAUGGCCCAGGCUGAGGACAGUGUUAUGACCCUGUCCAGCAUGCUUUUUUCUCCUCUUGUCCGUGAUUUCAAAAGGGAGGUAGAGAUGUGGGUCCAGCUCUUGCAGGAACUUGGUAUGUAUAUGAAAAGCUACAUCAAUCUUAGAUCUGUUGUGUUUAAGUCAGGAUAGUUUAGUGUGUAUUUAUCCCUUUAUUUUCUUUUUUUUAAACAAUAGAUGAACUUCUAGAUUUUUGUGAAAGAUAUCAGCGAAAGUGGAUGUUCCUUAGCAGAAUUUUGCAUGACAUGUCUAUGAGCACAAAAAACAUAGAGUUGGUAAGUUUGU